AUGGAAGAUCCUCGUGAUAUUAAGUCAGAUGAUGACGAGCUAGCUAAACUAACAGCCGAUGAACAAGACUCAGUGCUCAAGGCCAUUGAAAAGCAAAAGCAAGAAUUAUUGGAGAAACACGAAGCCAAGAGAAGAAAAAGGGAAGCAAAACAGAAACAAGCUGCUAUAAAUGAGGUUCAAAGAUCACCAUCUCCUGUGAAAUCAAUACGAUCAAAUGACCAACAGCAUUCAAUCAAACCUAAAAAUCUUAAUCAAGAUCUUCUGAAGGCGAACGAUCCCCAAUCUAGGAGUGAUGCUUCAUCAGAAGGAACUACAUCAUAUUUCAUCAACUCUUUAAAUGAACAUCAAAACAAAGUUCAAGAUGAUAGAGAGGAAGCCAGAAAAUUAAUGGCCUCAAGAAUCUAUACAUUUGAUUCAGAUUUGGCAUGUGAACCAUUCACUGUUGAUGAGAAAGAAUACUUUUCAGGGAAACAAAUAUCUAAAAGAUACUUAACUCAUGAUGCAUUAUCCAGAUUUUUGGAAGAUAAAAAAGUAUUAAGAAUACCCAAACUUUUCGCAAAAGUUUGUCCACCUACUUUUGAAGAACCUCGUUAUCCAAAUUGGAUAAUUAUUGGUGUUCUCAGUAAAAAAUCAGUUCCAAAAGGUACAAGUGAUAAAAGAAGUAAAUUCAUGACUUUGACUUUAACUGAUUUCAAAAUGACUGUUGAUAUUCACAUGUUUGGUGAUUCAGUUGAAAAAUAUAUUAAAUUAAGAGUUGGUGAUAUAAUAGCGGUCCUAAAUCCUCAAAUAUACAUUUGGAAACCUGAUCAACAAGGUAUUAUAAGGUCAUUCAGUUUAUCAAUCAAGCAUUCAUACGACUGUAUAAUGGAAAUUGCUAGAGCAAGAGAUUUUGGUACUUGUCAAUCAUUGAAAAAAGAUGGUAACGUAUGUGGUACACCAAUUGAUAUAUCGAUAGAAGAUUGUUGUUCAUUUCAUAAAGAGUUGAGAAUAAGGAAAACAGCUGGUAAACGUAUGGAAUUGAAUGGAAGUUUCAACAUGAGAUCACCUACUAAAAAUGGUAGAAAACAGCAAUUUUUAAUGGGUGGUAUGGAUAAUAAAGGAAAUGUUAAAAAUAGUACCAUUAUUGAAGAUAGAUAUGCACCAAAAGUUGAUAGACAAUCCAAAUCAAUGGUUUAUUUUAGUAAUCCUAAUGCAGGUAAGGCAUUCUUUGAUGAUUCAUUUCAAAAUCCUGAUAUAUUGAAAAAUCUUGAAGAAAAGAAAAGAAAACGUCAAGAACAAAAGAAAGAACGUGAAUUGAAAGCUAAGAUGAUGAGACUUGGUGAAAAACCAACUGUUGUUAAGGAAUCAAUGUCACAAGCCGAUAAAGAUUUGCUUUUAAAGAAAAAGGCAUUGACUGGUACUGCAUUCCCCGGUCAAAGUGUUAAGGCAAUAGGUUAUGAUCCAACUUCUAAACCACAUGUGAAAGGUAUCCUAGGAUCAGAUGAAUUAUUUGAUAAGAAUGAUGAAAGUUUGAAUGAAUUACUAUCAAUUACAUCUAAGAAAACGAUCAAUCUUGGGUUAUCUAAAGAAGAACGUGCUAAAAGAGCAGAACAAAAAGCACAAGCCACCAAGAUGUGGAAAAGGUUACAAGAAAAGGAAAGAAUCAGAAAAGAAAACAUAGGUAAGAUAGAUUUAGAUUCUGGUUCUAAUUCAUCAGAUUCAGAUUCAGAUUUUGAAGUUAAAACUGAUGGUAAAAAAGAUGCAUACUUAAAGUUCAAACAAUCACAAAACAAAUGA